GCCACGGACUUCCUCGCUCCGGAGCGCCCCGACACACAUAUGCAUAUCCACACGCAAGCCCGCACCCGCGCUUUCCUCUUCGAAGACCCGGCCGAUACCAGAUCGUGGCAGAGGCGUCGCCGCGUCUGCGCCGUGCAGAGUCACCUCCUGGCGGCGCACGAAGGAAGCGCGAUCCGUGACGAAGCCGCGGGAGUGACGUCGGCGCGGCGCCCCCGCGUGUCCGCUGCGGGGACGUGCGCUGCGGCGUGGAUUCGCUCGCGGGAGAUGAGAGUGGGCUCGGGUGCGCGUGUGCGGGCGCGUCGUUCAUGUACUGGCAAAGCUGUGGUUAGCCGCCGCAAGAGGUCGCCCACGAGACUCCGAGGAAGAAAUUGUGAACUGACGAAUCACCGCGAUGACGAAGCCGCCCACGCCCGCUCCGAGGCUGAUGAUAGCGUGGGCGUCCCUCCUCCUCCUCCUCCUCCUCCUCCUACACGCCCCCGCCGGUGACUGCCACGCCCGCACGCCCGUCUCAGGAGCCGCGUCCAGAACGAGGAGGAAUGUUCUCGAAGCUCCGGCCACGGAUGCCGGGCGGGCGGCGCUGGAGGCCAGGGCUGCUGUGUCGCGCCCGAAUUCCCCCGCAGAGCACGAGGAUUUCCCUUCGUCGGGAGCGUCCGUCCCCAACUCCUGGCUGUAUAAAUUCCCCCCGUGGUUCCUGCCGAACAACCCCGCUCCCGAGGGAUUCUCCAAGCACCAGAUCCCUCCCCCUUCCGGCGUCGCGCCCCCCCUGAAGGACCCCCAACUCGCGCAUUCGGGCGGCCCCAAGACCCACUUUCCCGAGGGCCCUCCGAUCCCGAGCGCGGGCAGCUCCAAGGCCCUCUCUCCCGGAUCGAGCUUUCGGAUUCCGGACGAUCCCGGGGCGUCCCUGCCGGAAGUGCUCGACGGCGACGUGGUGAUCGUAUCGGACCUGCAGCAGGGCACGCGCACGGGCCGCCUCCAGAACAUCCGGCUGCGCGGCGACUCGGAGUUCAAGGAGGAGCUGCUCAGGACCAUCCUGGAGGUCAAGCUGAUCAACAAGGAGGUCCCGCUCCAGACGAGCACGCCCUCCGGCCUCGAGGCCCCGCCCGGCGUCACGCCCUUCCGGCUGCCCCUCUCGGCCGCCCCUCCUCCCCCUCCGCCCCCGGCGCCCACGCAGCCCUUCGUCCUGCAGGACCUCGCCGGGGGGGGAGACGUCUCGGCCGCCCACGGCCUCGGGGGCGCCACGUCCUCCGAGUCCGGCGUCGGGAAGGCGGUGACGGGCGGCCGUUUCGGCGGCGGAGGGCCGGUCAGGACGCCGUUCGCCGCGCCGCCCACGCCCACGUUCCACCACGCCGAGGGAGGCCUCAGCGAGUUCCGGCCGAGCCCCCCCGACCUGACGUUCGCCAACCGGUCUCCUCCGCGGAGCUUCCUGCACUCGGCGCCGUCCCUGCCCCUGCAGCAGGCGCCGCCACGCGACCUAAACCUGAGGCCGCCGCCGGCCGUCUCGGCGCCGCAGCCUCGCCCGCCGCAGCGAGGGCUGGGCGGGGCGCCCUUCCCGCGGCCCGGCGUCGAGCACAACGCCAUCGCCGACGCCUUCUUCAAGGACCAGGAGGAGGCGCUGCGCAAGGCCGCCAACGGAGCCAAGGUGCGGGGCGUCCACGGCGCCGCCGACGACCCCGUCUGGAUCCCGUUCAUCCCGGGCGUCCCGCUGCCCAUCCUCGUGCAGCAGUCGCUGGCCGCGCGCCGGAAGCAGAAGGCGCAGAGGACGCGGUCCCUGGGGAGCCAGCCUCCCCCUCCGUCCCUCUCCUUCCCCCCCUCCUCCGCGCAUGGCGGCCGCCGCCCCUCCGCUCCCCUCGCCCACCCCCCUGCAGGACCCGGCGAGGCGUCCUACCCGACGAGCAUCCAGGACAUCAUCAACAGCCGGCUGGGGGCGUCGCAGGAGCUGUACUCCAGGGCGCGAGGCAGCCCCUUUCCUCCAGGCGUUUCGGCCUCGUCGUCGGGGGAAACGGACUUGGGGCUCCUGGCCUGGGCGAGGUCGUGAGGGAUUCGAAUCAAUGAUUAAUCAAUUAUAGUUAAUCGACUCAUGGGAAAUCCCAUGACGUUUCUUAAUUUAUUUCAAUAUCUCGCCAGUAUCGAUGUUUUCAACGUGUUAAGUAAGGUAACAUUAUUAACAUGAAUUUUUUUAAAACAAAUUUUCCAAUUAUUAAGAUGACCCGCCUGGGCCUAAGAUAUAGAAAGGCCUAAAAGUCAAAAUUUCCCUUACGUUUCUACCAGAACAUUAGGCUCAGGUCGUGCGUGGUGAAUGAAUGAUGGAAUUAUUUUUCAUACAACUGAAAAUAAUAAUCACAUGUAAUUAUUAUUGCCAUAUAGGGAUGUAUUUUAGUACUGAUGUGGUCUAUACUUUAUAGACAGAUUAAAGUAUCUUUAAUUCAUAACUCUUCUUGUGCAAAAGUUUUUAUGAUUGCAUAUUAUAUGUGUGUGUACAUGUGUAUUCUUCUAUUUAAUAUUUAUUCCAUAUUCACUUUUGCUAAUGCCUUUGAAAUAUUUGCAUCAUAAUAACACAAACUUCAUUCAGUUUAACAUCAAGAAUAAUAUUUUGU